AUGGCCACUAGCGUCUGCUCAGAGGGUACAUCAAAUCUUUUUCUUCACGACAAUUGCAGAGCCGGUUUGACUUUACCCCUUCACAAAAGAAACGCGGUUAACCGACUCACCGUAGUUGCGCGGCAGGUGGUGCUGUCGCACCCAUCGCGCGUUGUAACACAAGGCAGCUCGACUUCGACACAGCAUCGCGCGGAUCCAUUUGUGAUUGACACCCCCGACAUUUUUGCCGUUCCCAUCACCGACGCCGUGGACGAUCCAACCGGACAGUUCCGGAAGGAAAACGCGAAAAACAUGGCGACCAAGCAGUACGACCUGAUUGUGAUCGGCGCUGGCUCUGGCGGGCUCGCUGCCGCCAAGCGCGCUGCGGCAAUGUACGGGAAGAAGGUGCUGCUCUGCGAAAGUGCGUACGUCGGCGGAACGUGCGUCACGGUGGGGUGCGUGCCGAAAAAAGCCCUCCACGGGGUGGCCGCUUUCCGCCACCAGAGCCUGUCCGCGGAGCGCGCGAAUUGGCACCUGCCGGGGCAGCCCGGGACGUCUUUGCAUGCAGCGGUCGCCAUGAACUUUUCGAUUACCAUGCAGAAGGUGCGAGAGUACGUGGCGCGGUUAAACAGCGUGCACACGGCGAAUGUGGCGAAGGCGGGCGUGGAGCUGUUACGCGGGACCGCGGAGUUUACGGGACCCCAUGAAAUUGUCGUGAAGCGGGUACUCCACUCCUAUUUCUUCGGCAAAAGUAAGUUUAUCGUACUCGGAUAAGCGGCAACAUUUCAUGACAGACCUACUCUUUCCCUCGACACCUGAAUCUCCAUGGCAUUUUCCACGUUUCCAUGUCAGCAAAUUUGCCCAAUAAUGCAAUUUGAAUUUAUGCCGAUAGCCAGUGCGAUACCGCAGGUUCAUCUUCUAUUUAUUUGUUUUUCCUACGAGCUAUUCCCAUUUCGGGUUUCGUUGUUUUGUUUAUAUAGAGUUCUGCAAUGCAUAGGUUCACAACACCAACGACCUGAAGUGGACGCCGAUCACGCAGAAUUCGGAGAAGUUUUACGAGAUACAAGACCCGGGGAACUGCCCCAUCACGGUGGGAACCUUCCGGGCGAGCAAAAUCAUCGUCGCCACCGGCAGCAGCGCGCAGCGGCUCCCGCAGCCCGGGUCGCACUUGUGCGCCACCAGCCUGGAAUUCUUCCUGGAUUGGCACCGGCUGCCGAAGAGCUGUUGCAUUUUUGGGGGCGGGUAUAUCGCCGUAGAGCUCGCGGGGAUUCUCAACGCGUUUGGGUGUGAGGUGGAGCUAGUGAUCCGCCGGGACCUGAUUCUGCGUGGUUUCGACGACGAGCUUCGGGUGCACCUGCAGAGCAUGCUCGUGAAGCGGGGAAUCAAAAUCACGGUGGAUGCGGAGCCGGAGCGCUUCGACGAGAUUCCGAAUAGCGUCCCGUGGUCUGCGGCGGACGGGGCAACCUUCACGGAGCGCCACUUCACCCGCACGGAGAAGCAGACCGGUCGCAUCCGCGUUUCCUACAAGGAUGGCCAAGCGCGCGAGUACGACGCGGUACUGCAGGCCGUCGGACGGAAGGCAAACACGACGAAGCUCGGCUGUGCCAAGGCGAACAUCGAGCUGAAUGGCAGUUCGGGCGGGGUGGUGGUUCACCAGUGGAAGGAUUGUCACUCUGAUCUGACCAAGCAGUUGUAUCAAUCCAGCUCCAAUCCGGAUGUCUACGCCCUCGGUGACGUCAACGACCUAAUUCAGCUAACGCCCGUCGCAAUCGCGCAGGCACGGCAGCUGAUCGACAUUCUGUAUGGAAAGGGAGACUUUCCGAUUACGCAGCGCUCCUUUCAGAUGUACUCUUCUGCGGUCUUUUCCAUGCCCGAAUGCGGUGUGUGUGGUCUAUCGGAAGCGGCGGCAAAGAAGGAGUACGGCGAAAGCAACGUGGUGAUCAAGAACCUCGCUUUCCCGCCGCUCGAACAGUGGGCACUUAAGCCGGAAGAGAAAGAGAAAGCGUUUCUGAAACUGGUACAAGAAAUUUACUUACUUUAUUUUCGUUUGUUGCUAGUACGAUCUCGCAUGCGCCGCGCACGCGGCCUACACACUUCCACAUCGUUUAUCCGCUCUUGGUGCAGCAGCCAGUAAGCGGCAUGUUGAAGUACCUUGCAAGUCCUCGUUGUCGUUUCGCAUGGCAUGGGGUGUGCUUGUAAGUACAUUAGGCAAUCCCAAACACUUUUCAGGUGUUUCGCAAGCCGCAGGACCUGAAAGGCGACGAUGAUCUGGAGUUGAUUGGAGCACACUUUUGCACGGAUGCUGCCGCGGAAAUCAUCCAGUCGCUUGGGAUUGCGAUGCAAAAAGGCAUCACGAAGCGAGAUCUUGAUCUGACCAUGGCCCUACAUCCGUCCGUCAUGGAGGAGAUCGUGACCAUCUAUUAAUUAACUAUCUCCUACCCUACGAGAUGAAAGCGGCUGUUUCCUUCGAGAAAGCGGAGGCACCAAGGACACCGUAACGGAUACUGCGUCAUUAUCGUUGGCACGACAGCGACAGCGUUUCCGUUUCGCUCUCUUAGGGGAAAGAUAGACUUGGAGCAUAUCACUAGUCAGGGGAAGCGAACAGACAGAGCUGCUUCUUUGCGCUCGAUUCCUGCAGGUAGAUGGCGCGCUGCCGCAGAAAGCUGUAGGUUACAAUCGCAGGCUCGACCGUUCGGUCUUCAGUGACACAAUGUAGGAUUUACGCUGUAUCAAAGCAAUCGAAGUUUCUGCUCUAUGUCGGAUUUGCCGUUCUUAGGAAGUCGAAGUGCGCAUGUGCAGCGAAAAUCUAGCUGGCAGUUGUCAGCUUAUUUUAUCGUCUGCAUGUCAUGGUCAUCGACUACAAAUAAAGAGCUCAGUCAUAGAUGAAAGCAGUUGUCGGUUUGACUUGACUCUCGAUCCUGACGAAUUCCGUAUUUGCUCCUAAGAAACAAAGGCAUAGGUAGUCUUCGUACCAUAAAUACACGGAACGUAAAUAGGAG